AUGGCCUUUCAAUUAGGAGCUUCUUCCUCUUCUUUAUCUUCAUCUCCUUCUAUCCAUCCAAGGAAUCAUCAUGUAAUCUUGAGCUUUAGAGGUAAAGAUGUUCGCCUCAAGUUUAUUUCUCAUCUAAACCAAGUUUUACGUCAAAGUGGAAUCAUGACUUACAUGGAUGAUGGCGACCUUGAGAGAGGAGAGCAAAUUUCAUCAGAACAUUUUAAAGCUAUUGAAGAGUCAAGCAUUUCGAUCACUGUACUUUCUAAAAAUUUGCAAAAUUCAAAUGCAAAAUCCAAAAUCCAUGGAGAUCUUAGGAAAAAAUUGGAUAUUUAUGAUGCUGAUAGAGGAGUCAAUGUGAUUCAGGAUAGACUUCGCUUUAAAAAGGUUCUACUAAUUCUUGAUGAUGUGGAUGGGUUGGACCAACUAAAAAAAUUAGCUGGAGAUCGCACUUGGUUUGGUUUAGGAAGUAGAAUCAUCAUAACAACAACAGAUCAAAAGUUACUAAAAAUCUUUGAAGUUGAUUCAAACUACGAUUUGAAGCUCUUGGAUGAAAAUGAAGCUCUUCGGCUCUUUAGCUUGCAUGCUUUCAAAAAAGACAAACCACUUGAUAAGUAUGUAAAACUCUCUAAAGUAAUAAAAUAUGCUCAGGGUCUUCCAUUGGCUUUAAUAGUGCUAGGAUCAGAUCUAAAAGACCAAAGUAUACAUCAAUGGAAAAGUGCAUUGGAUAAGUAUAAAAGCAUUCCCCCCAAAAAUAUUCAGAGUGUACUUCAAAUAAGUUAUGAUGGUUUGGAUGAUAAUGACAAGGAAAUGUUCCUUGAUAUUGCCUUUUUUCAAAGGAGAACCUUUGGCUAA